AUGAAAUACGUUGUUGUUUCCGGUGGUGUUAUAUCAGGUAUUGGUAAAGGUGUUUUAGCAUCUUCAACAGGUUUACUUUUUAAAACUUUAGGUUUAAGAGUUACUUCAAUUAAAAUUGAUCCUUAUAUGAAUAUUGAUGCUGGUACAAUGUCCCCAUUAGAACAUGGUGAAUGUUUUGUUUUAAAUGAUGGUGGUGAAGUUGAUUUAGAUUUAGGUAAUUAUGAAAGAUAUUUAAAUAUUACUUUGACAAAAAAUCAUAAUAUUACAACUGGUAAAAUUUAUUCUAAUGUUAUAGAAAAGGAAAGAAAUGGUGAUUAUUUAGGUAAAACGGUUCAAGUUGUUCCUCAUAUUACAAAUGCAAUACAAGAUUGGAUUGAAAAAGUUUCAAAAAUUCCAGUUGAUGAAAGUGGUAAAGAACCACAAGUUUGUAUUAUUGAAUUAGGUGGUACUGUUGGUGAUAUUGAAAGUGCUCCAUUUGUUGAAGCAUUAAGACAAUUUCAAUUUAGAGUUGGAAGUGAAAAUUUUGCGUUAAUUCAUGUUUCAUUAGUUCCUGUUAUACAUGGAGAACAAAAGACAAAACCUACACAAGCUGCAAUAAAAGAUUUAAGAAGUCUUGGACUAACUCCUGAUAUGAUUGCAUGUAGAUGUCAAGAAGAAUUACAUCAUCAAACAAUUGAAAAAAUUGGAAUGUUUUGUCAUGUUGGUCCCAAUCAAGUUAUUGCAGUUCAUGAUGUAAAUUCAACUUACCAUGUUCCAUUAUUAUUAAAACAACAAAAAAUAAUGAAUUAUUUAACUAAAAAAUUAAGUAUUGGUGAAUUACCAAAGGCAGAUUUAGAGAGUGGUGAAAAAUUAUUAAAUAAAUGGAGACAAUUAACUUCCCAACAUGAUAAAUCAUUUGAAACUGUUACCAUUGCAUUAGUUGGGAAAUAUACUCAUUUACAUGACUCUUAUUUAUCAGUCAUAAAAUCAUUAGAGCAUUCAUCAAUGAAAUGUAACAGAAGAUUAAAAAUUGAAUGGGUUGAAUCAACGAAUCUUGAGGAAGAAAUGAAAACAAAAAAUUUAUCAGAAUAUCAUAAAGCAUGGCAUUAUGUAUGUCAAGCAGAUGGGAUAUUAAUACCUGGUGGAUUUGGAUCAAGAGGUAUUGAAGGUAUGAUUUCAGCUGCAAAAUAUGCAAGAGAAAAUAAUAUACCAUAUUUAGGAGUUUGUUUAGGUUUACAAAUUGCAGUUAUUGAAUUUGUUAGAAAUGUAUUGGGUGUUGAACAUUCAACAUCAAUGGAAUUUGAUAAUUCAAUUAAAGAAGAAGAAGCUUCAAUUGUUUAUAUGCCCGAUGUUGAUCAAAUCAAAUUAGGUGGUACAAUGAGAUUAGGUAUUCAUGAAACUAAAUUUGUUGAAGAUUCAAAUUGGUCAAUUUUGAAAAAAUUAUAUGGAAAUUCAAAUGCUGUAUAUGAAAGACAUAGACAUAGAUAUGAAGUUAAUCCUUUAUUAAUUGAAGAAAUUGAAAAUAAAGGAUUAAAAUUUAUCGGUAAAGAUGAAAGUGGUAAAAGAAUGGAAAUUAUUGAAUUAAAAGAUCAUAAAUUCUUUGUUGGUACUCAAUAUCAUCCUGAAUAUUUAUCAAAAGUAUUGGAUCCAAGUAGACCAUUUUUAGGAUUAAUUGCAGCAUCAGCAGGAAUAUUAGAUGACGUAUUAAACAGAGAUGAUUUAAAUUAUAAAGGUGAAUUUUAA